GGUUCGCAGAUGAGUCCUACAUCGGACACAAGAACAAAUCUAGCCGUCCUAUCGGAACCUACAAACGCUCAAAAUCGGCGGCGGCCAUUCAGUCAGGCUCCUCCUCCUCCUCUUCGGCUUCCUCCUCCAACCAAACCACCAUGGGAGUCAACGACAACAACAGCAGCAACAGCCACAGCAGCAGUUAUCAGCACAAAGUGCUGGACGAGUCCGAGAACACGUCGUUCCCGGAGAAGAAAUUAUCUGGUUGGAACAGCGAGUCGCUUCUCAUGCAGCACGCGGACCGGAGCGGGGAGCUCCACGGACAGACUUUUGCUGCUGGUGUAGGUGUGGGUGUCUCAGGUGGUGCGGGCGCUACUGCUGUGGCAGGGGGCGUGAACAGCAUCCAGGAGUAUGCAGGUCAAGGAGGAGGAGGAGGAGGAAUAGGGAAUAACUUUUCUGCGGCUCCUUCUUCUUCUAUUUCUUCUACUUCACCUCCUUCCUCUUCGUCGCCCUCCGCAGCCGCCUCUGCCGUUGCCCCUGCGCGACCCGCAAGGCCGAGUAUGACGUCACGACAAGCCCCGCCCCAUUCUUCUUCGUCGUCGUCUUCGUCGACGCCCGCCUCUUUCGUCUCGUUCUCCUCCCCAUCCUCCUCAUCGUCUCUGUCUCCCAACAACAACAACAACAACAACAACAAUAGCAAAGUGUAUGCAGCAGACCAACAGCCGCUGUGGGGCCGGGAGUUCAGAGAGAGUCCCAGACGCCAACCCCCGCCUCCCCCGGCCUCCCCGCCCUUUGACCCUAGUCAGUCCCACUCCAGGAACCAACACAGCAUCAACAACAACGGUCACAACAACAACAACAGCAACAGCAAGUCGGCUACGUCCGGCGAUCUGCCCUGGUCACCAGCUGGUCAGAACGAGACGCCUAGAGGGGCUGACCACCAGAGCGAAACGUCCCUCCCCUUCUCCCACUACUCCCCACAGAGGCGCCCCGCCCACCAACCGCCCGCGCUCUCUGAGCCAGGCAUGGACUUCUCGAGAAAAACUUCGUCCACCUCCUUCCCGAGCAGCAACCACAACAGCACCGCCACCACAUACAACAGCAAUAGCAACAGCAACAACAACGCGUCUUCGCCGCACUUAUCAUCAAGCCCCUCCAACUACCCCGCCCACCCCUACUCAGUCGCCACCUCCUCCUCCCCCACUAGUCAGGACGCUACAUACCAGCGCACGGGACAGCAGGCCCCGCCCAUUCCCCCGCCUCACGGAGAGGAAGCCCCGCCCCGAACCCUCCCCCCUAGAGACUACCAGCGCCGGGAGAGCGCCCCCGUGCGGCCAGUGCCCGUCCCACAGCUGUCAGAGCCUCACGACGGACUGCUGGAGGCCCCGCCCUCGGAGCUGGCGAGGCGCAAGUCGGAGAGUAGCGUGGCGUCCACGCCCCGUUCUGAGCACAACUUGAGUGACGUGUCUGGCUCCUCCCACUCCCGCCAGCCGUCCCAGGAGGAGCUGGAGUGUGACCAGAAGGCGCAGGAGCUGGCCCAGGAGUUGGCGGACAAGGAGCACAAGCUCUCCGAGGAGGAGCUACUGGGCAAACUCCACAAGAAGCUGGAGGUUCUGAAGGAGGCCAAGGUGGUGCUGCAGCAGGAGAUCUCCGAGAACAAUCAGCUGGGCAUGCAGGUAUGCAAGCUGGUGGAGUCGCGCUGUCAGAGCAGCAGCGAGAGGGGCAAGUUCAAAACCUACAUCGAGGAUCUGGAGAAGAUUGUCCGUCUCCUGCUCAACCUGUCUGGCCAACUGGCGCGUGCCGAGAAUGCAGUGCAGGCCCUGGCCGCCAACGCUGACCCAAAGCUCAAGAAAAUGACCAUCGACAAGCGCGAGCGUUUGCAUUCCAAGCACGAAGAAGCCAAACUGCUCAAGGACGACAUCGACAAGCGGAGUGAGCAGCUCUCAGCCACUCUGCGGGACCGGCUGGAGGACUCGGAGUUCAGCGACUACAGCCACUACAUCAAGAUGAAGUCCAAACUGACCAUUGAGCUGCAAGAACUGGACGACAAGAUCACUCUCGGAGGGGAGCAGAUCCAAGAGUUGAAGAAAAGUAUACCGGACUACGGCGGUCACCUGGACGCGUCGGCUCACAGAUAGGAGUAGUGGCAGGCGUCGUGUCUCUCUCUCUCUCUCUCUCUCUCUCUUCCUCUCUCUGAGCUGCUCUUGUUUGCCUCCUGUUGCUGUAGUGUCACUGUUUGUUCUCACUUGGUCGCUGUACGAUGUUGUGUGUUCAAACCCCUUCUUCUAGACCCCCGUGCAAUUUGGAAAAUUUUUAAAGCUUUUUUCGUCAUCCUAAAUCAGACCGUAAGUGUGAGAUCAGUACAUUUUUAGUGAACUUUUAUUCUUUUAAAAAAGACGUAAAAUAUGAAAUAAGUGAAAGUUACCUAUUAUUGAUAGUUUUUUAUUUGAAGAUCUCUAAGCAUUUGACAGAAAACCUUUGUUUUUAAACUAUCAAAAUUUGCUAAAAUUUUAUGGAAAAGUCAUCUGCUUUCUCUUUUAAUUCCCUUGUUGGUCACACAAAUCUCUGUACAUACAGACAAAUGAAUGCCCCGCUGGCACUGACAGAUAUAGUUGUACUGACACUGACAGAUGCUGUCAUACUCAAUUCUUGAUAGGGGGACGUCAAGACUAUAAUGGCAUUUAGAGAAAUAUAGGUCACAUCUUGAGAUCAUUCCUUCAAUUUUAUUGUCUCUACUUCCCAGCUUCCUUUCUUUUCUCACCACCUGUCUUCUCUGCUACAAGAAAAACAACAGCAGCAGCUUUUUGUUCUCAAACACUGUCACUGCUACCACCACAUCAAUGUCUCUGUAUAUUCUCAGAACUUGCAUCUAUUUUUAAAUGGAUCCUUAUAAUAGCUUGUUCUCCAACAGAUUGCCUCUAGGGGAGACAUACACACAUUUGGUGGCUUUUAAGCACAAGGGGGCUAUCCCGGAAAAUGCUGUUUUGAGAAAAUGGAAGCCAGGUGUUCAUUUCAUUAGUAAUGGCUAAUGGAGACAGUAGCGGUCUGAAUGUGGUCAGUAUGUGUUUUGCUCAUUUUCAAGUUCAGUUGAAAUUGUCCGAGACAGCCAGCCAUUGUCAAGGAGAAAUUCUUUUGUCUUAGAAAGGAGGCUUUAUUCGAGAGUGUCAUUAUAAUAUUAUAGUAAAAAUGGAAGGUGGGAAGUGGUGGUUUGUACAGGUGAUUUUCUUUGAUAGGUGGCCGUUAGAGAGCAGGUUCGACUGUAGUUUUCAAACAGUUUUGCAACUUGCGUCUAGAAUGUGAGAAUGUGGUGGUGAAUCACAGAUUGAGUCCCAGAGGGGUGAAGGUUGUUUGUGGGACAUUCUGAGUCUCUGCGUAGUGUGAACUACGUCUCCUCAAGUGGGUUCUGUCGAUGUGAGCAGUUUUUGCCGCGCUGGAGGCCAGGCUUUCUCCCAGAAAUGGCCUCGCUACAUGUUGGGAUUUCUGAUUAUCGUCUGCUGAUCAUUAUAUCACUAUCAAGUACUUUGCUCUCUGGCACAAGCCGUUGGUAAACCUUAACUUGAUAUUGUGUUAGCGGCCGUGAUGUCAUUGCUUGAUGUGAAUUAUACUGCCUGCUUUUAUGUUUCUUAGUUACAUCUGAGAAACCACCAACUUUUCAUGAGAUAUGAAGUGCAAAAUGUCGCACUCCGCAAAUGUCAAGUUGUCCGUGGAAAAAAGAAAAAAAACCUUUUGUAGUAGUAGUAAAAAAACUGAUGCAAGAGACUGAUGUGAUGAAGGAAUUAAGAGACAGUUGAGUGAGAAUGAGAGAGAGAAAGAGUCUUCUUCAUCCUGAGAGUGAGUCUGGAUCAGCGGCAUGAACUACUAACAAGUGUGCAAUGAACUGUGACUUAGCAACAUUUGUAAUUUGUAGACAAUGUUCCAAUUGUGUGUUCGUUUUUGGGGGCACUUCAUUUAUGUUUUCUAUACACAAGUUUUUUAAACUGCCGAACAUGUGAAUGAUGUGUGAUAUUUGUACAUAGUCCAAUGCUGUAUAAAAACUUGCGUUUGUGUGUGUGUGUGUGUGUGUGUGGGUGUCCUGUGGGAGAGAGUUUGCCAGGAAGCAAGGAAGAGAGCAUCUUCACGUUAGUAAAAAAAAUAAAUAAAAGCUAACUGCCAAGAGGCUUAAGAUUUCCGACAUUUUGAACAUUUUAAUUAAAGAUGGGUGGGUGGGGGGGGGGGGGGGAUUUCAAAUACACAGAACUUCAAACAUAUAUCUUUGGAGUAGGUAUAUACGUGGACGCUUCUGAUUCUAGGUCACAUACAAAGACUGUUGUCCUCAUCACAGACAUGAACAACUCAUUAUAAACGAAUUGCUGUGCAGCUCAAAGUUUCUUUUGACGAACACUGCUUCACAAAUAGGACGCUGGAAGUAUUUUUACCUCUCUUUGGUUUUGUCUUGAUCUUGUCCUACAAAGGAUCAUGGUGAAGAUUAAAAUGCUUCGCUGCUCAUUGGAAGUCUGAACACUUAUGUCACUUGUGAAAACGAACAAACUUGUAAGGUCACUGAUAUUCUUUCUUAGACUCUCAAAGGUUACACAUUUUCAUUUUAUUUUACUGGAUGCUUAAUUGAUUUGCUUUUUUCUGCAAAGCAUUUGUCAAAUUUAUCAUUUUUGACAGCACUAAGGCCUGGAUUGUGCUUGUGAGGCUGUGUGUUCACCAAACUGGAACCAACUCAAUUUUUGUGGAGUUGGGCGUUUAUAGCAUGUGUGAACAGGUCAAAGGUUAAGGAAUGGGAGCAAGAAUAAUGGAACAGAAACAAUUUUUUUUUAAAAUUUAGUAAAUUGUUUAUAUGCAUAUAUUAUGAUAUAUAUAUACUGGUGGUUGUACACAGACUUUACAAAUUUUGAGGCACUGAUUUGGAAUAUGAAGACAUUAGAUUUUUUCAUCGGAACUUAAGAUUAGACUUUUUUAUUUUUGCUCUGGCCGAGUCUGUGGCUGAUGAGUCUCAGACAACCCGACUAAAUUGCUGCAAGCGGCGUUCCAACUGCCACAAGUUUUGUCUGGAGGAGUUGGGUCACCGUGGUGGACACAUUCAAACACAAUUUUUUUACUUAUUAACAUAGAUCCCAAAAAUAUAUUUAAAAACUCUGUGCUCUAUAAUCUAUUUCAACUACCAGUUCCCCAAGAGAUGGAGAAAGUUUGGUCCGCCGGUUUCUGGUUUGGUGUACGUGUAGGCAAAUAGAGUGAUUGAGUUGCAUGAGUACCUCUUGAGUACCGAGUACCUCUUGAGUACCGCGAUGUGCACUUGUGUGUUGUGUCUGAGUGAGGAAAUGAUCCAGGACUUGUGGUGUGUGUCUGAGUGAGGAAAUGAUCCAGGACUUGUGGUGUCGGUGUCUGUGUGGAGCAGGCAUUGAGCAGACUGGUUACCUUCUGUACAUUGCACACACUGGAGACAUUGCGUCGCCUCACAACUAUUGUGUCCAAAAUGUACUUUAGUAAAGAGGGACUUUGUACAAAAUAGAUGUGAGGCUACUAUUAGUCAUAGUGACAGGGCAGGUCAGACUUGGCAUGACAACCAUGUGCCUGAUGACAUGUACGCCGUGUGUGUGUAAACCGUUACUCAUUUCAUAAACAGAUGUGAUGCAUCAUCAAUUUUGUCAGUUUGGCGUUGCGGCCAAGUCCUCGCAUAGUGCCACCACCAUACCUUUUAUUGUAAACAAUUCCCCCCCACCCCCGAUUCACUUUACCCAUGUGAGAAUAUUGUCAACACGCUAGGAUAAUGAUGGCUGACGUCUUUUCCCAUAGUUCUGACUGAGUAAAGAGACAAAAAGAUAUCCUCAUUUCAUUUUUGUCUCUUUCUCGUCCAGGCCAUUAGAAUGAUUUCAGGUUUUCUUUUCUUUUUUUUUUUUUAAUCUUGGAAAUUUGUUGUUGGUCAGUUUUAUUUUGGCCCAUGUUUGACUUACCGUAGCUUGUUGACAAUAUAUAUAACAUGUACAGUGUUUUAGGUCACUUCCCAAGCAAAGGUAGUGGAGUCCGAGCUUGACGAGGGCUAUGAUGUGUCAGUUUCUGAGUUGGACGAACAUAUAUUAUAUAUAUAUAUAUAUAUACAGAAUAUAUUUGUGUAGGUGCUUUUUAAAAAUUUGAACCCUGUGUCUGUAAAAUUCUUUUUUGCUUUAUAAUGACUAGAUAUUAUUGGACGAAUUUUUCUCUCUACAUAUUUAUGAACAUCAACCAGGUUAGUGUGUUGCUUUCACGAGAAGGCGUUGGUUUGUCGCUGUGUAACAUAACGACAUUUUGUUGUUGUACAUAUCGGUAAAUAGAAUGUAUGUACAGACUACAUGAGAGAAAGAAGUACUCUAUGGCUGGUGACAAGACUGAACCUAAACUCUUCGUGAAUACUUUUCCUAAAUCUACAUGAUGAAAUAUCUAUGACAACUGUCUUUGUUUGGUUGGUUCAAAUGUGUACCACAAACCUUUAUGAUAUACAAAUUUAUAUAUAUUAUGAUGAAUAUUUUGAUGAUAUAUAAAUAAGAAAGACAACAUUGUGACUCGUACAUUCAUUCAUAACUUCCUGCCUCUCUUCACAUCCAUCAUUGCCUACUGCAAGAUGAAUAAAUGGUGUGCCUAUCAUG